AAGAAAGGAAAGGUAAAAUUUUCUGAGUUAAGAUUCUGUAUCCAAGGUUACCACAACGGCAGCAUGCAAUGUGUAUGGGCACAUACUGUGGGACCAUAUAUGAAGUAACUUCUGCACAUAAAAAAUGGCGGUUCCCGAAUUGCGUGCAGCUGGCCUAAUCGUUUUCCGACGGAGGAAUUUUAAAGGCCCUUUUGAGUAUCUCCUUCUACAGACAUCUUAUGGACGACAUCACUGGACACCUCCGAAGGGUCACGUCGACCCAGGAGAAUCGGACAUGCAGACAGCUCUACGUGAAACCGAGGAAGAAUCAGGGUUGAAGGAAGCUAGUUUAAACGUGAUGGAAAACAUACAAAAAACUCUGAAUUACGAGGUUCGGGGGAAACCCAAGACUGUCAUUUACUGGCCUGCUGAAGUGAAAGAUUAUGAUGUUGGAAUAAAGCUUUCUGACGAACAUCAGGAUUUUAAAUGGUUGGCCAUUGAAAAAGCGUGCGAAUUGUUGCAUGAUACGACUGGGGAAGCUCUGCGUGUUGUGGACCAAGAAAUACGAAAUAUGACGGACUUUUACAUUGAUACCUACUGAAAAUGCAUAGCUUCUUUACUGCUUAAUUACAGCUCCUCUAAAAAUUAUGUGCGUAAUUCCACAAUUUCACUUCUCAAUCACUCAAAAUGGAAUUGUUUCCAAAGAGGGUAAACAAUGUUAUCAACUGAAUUGGUUCGAAAAUGCAGGGAAGCUUCAUUUGAAGAUACAUUGCCAAAAUAUCCUUAAGUCAAGACUGAAAUUAAUUUCCUUUGAGGUACAAUAAUUUAUUUUCAAGACUUCUCUAUUCACAACUAAACAUCAAGAUAAACACUUAAAAUGCAUUUCUUUACUCUGAAACUGAAAAUGUUCACAGGAUGUUACUUUGUUUUAAGGAAAAGGCCAAUUAGGGCCUUAAUCAAUAAGUCUGUUAUUUUGAGGUUUGCUCAGUUGUCCUAUGCUUAACUUUGAUUGGUCAGUAGGUAGACUAUUGACCAGUGAAAGUGUUCACAGUUUUUUGAGUUUCAAAGUAACUAAAAUUGUAAUAAAACAUUACAGUAUCACUCUAUGUCAUUUUCAAACAGCAAUUUUUCUCCAAUCCUGCUCUCAUUGCUUUCAAUCCUGCAGUCAUUCAGUAAGGCAAGUUAACACCUUCUCUCUUAGGUCUUCAAUAGAAGCAACCUUCCUCUUAAGAAUUUCAUUCAGCUGGGUUGCAUAGUCUUUAAAAUUCUACAUUAAAAGGGAAAAUAUUUUUUAAA